GUAAAUUUGGGCUGUUCGGAUAUCCAAAGGCAAGCCCAAAAGAUAAAGGCCCAAAUGUAGUAAAACCCUGAACCUUAGUCAGGUUCAAGCACACACUCGGACACAAACGUUAGGCGCUUCAACAAAGAACCUCAAAAGCUUCAAACUUUCUUCUUGGCUAAACAAUCAUGUUGCAUAUAAAAACUCCCAAGUCAGGAAGAGCCAGAAGAGAGCUAAAAAAAAUUGCUCCCAAACUUGUUGAAACUGGGAAGAAAACACUGAUACUUCAUGGCACAAAAACCAGCAAUGUAAUAAAUUCUGUGCUGACUGAAAUUUAUCAUUUGAAAAAGGAUAAUGCUGUUAAAUAUACCAAGAGGAAUGACAAUAUUAGACCAUUCGAGAGCGGUGGUGAAACAUCACUAGAGUUUUAUUCUCUUAAAACUGAUUGCAGCCUCUUUGUGUUUGGUUCUCACUCAAAAAAACGGCCAGAUAACCUCGUUAUAGGCCGCACUUAUGACCACCACAUAUAUGAUCUUGUUGAGGUUGGAAUUGAAAAUUUCAAAAGCAUGCAAUCAUUCUCGUAUGAUAAGAGAUUCGCUCCUCUUAUCGGGUCAAAACCUUUCUUUGCUUUUAUUGGGGAAGGAUUUGAAAACAUUGAAGAACUGAAGCAUAUUAAGGAAGUUUUGCUCGAUCUGUUUCAUGGACAGGCUGUGACAAAUCUAAACCUUGCUGGCCUAGACCGUGUUUAUGUGUGUACAGCUGUGUCUUCAAAUAAGGUUUUUUUCACUCAUUGUGCACUGCGCAUGAAGAAGUCCGGCACCAUAGUGCCAAGGAUGGAGUUGGUAGAAGUUGGUCCAUCCAUGGAUUUGGUUAUCAGAAGGCAUCGUCUUGCUGACGAAAGCCUAAGAAAGCAAUCUAUGAAAACAGCUCCUGAAUUGAAAAUAAGAAAGGAGAAAAAUGUUAGCCGUGAUGUUAUUGAAGGCAAAAUUGGGAAAGUUUAUAUUCCGGAUCAACAGGUUGGAAGCGUGCCCUUGCCUAACAAGUCCAAAGGAUUAAAAAGGGAGCGACGGGAAGCAAAGACAAAAGGUGAAGGAAAGACACAUGUUGAUAAGAAGCCCAAGCAACAAGAUUCCUAAUUCUCUGCUGGCAUAUCGUAAUUCUUAUGGUUGUCCUGUUCCUGAAUCAUGAUUAUAGCUUAAUAGUUAUUGAAACAUAACCUUAGUGUAUCCAUUUUUUCCAUUGAUUUUUGUUGUUUUGGAUACACACUAUAGAAUGUUGUUUUGGAUACACACUUUAGUUAUGGAUAGAUUGAAUUUGUUAA